AUGCUGUCUUCCGACCCGACAGCCAUGGAAUUCGAGGCCAGCUUCCCCAGCUGCAAAUGCCGGCCCGGGCUUACUGAGAUUCAGGCCGAUCUUCAACAUCCCUCACUUGAUGUGGUGCAGAUUCUCAAUGCCGUGGAAGCGCUGCGGAGCUCAUUCAGCGCCGCGUCACAGUGUUGGAACAGAUGCACGCAGUCGGCGCCCUACACCUCCCAACUCAUCCAGUCUCUAAUGCGCCUGCUAGACUUCCUUGAAGUUCUCCGCAGAGCUCUUCUCUCCCCUUCGGAGGACCACAUGCCGCAAUUGGGCGAAGGCAGUCGGGAGGAAAGGUCGCUCGCGGCUCUUCGCGUGACGGGCUACAAUCGAAUGGCCAAAGUCAAUCGUUAUCCCCUGAAUGAGGAGGAGAAGAGGCUCCUCGUGCAGGCAAUCCUCCGCGAGUCGCUGCUCGCGCUCAACACGAUUGCCAAGAAGGUACAUCACGAGCUCAUGUCGAUGCAACCACGAACCCGGACAUCUUCCAUCGAGGUCAACAGUGCUCUACCCUCCUCCUCCUCCUCCCCUCCUUCUUCCACGUCGUCGUCGUCAUCAUCUUCGUCUUCCACCUUUUACAACCCGCAGACCACAUGCACCCUAUACAAGAACUUUAUCACCAGAACUUACUCGGCCCUCGCGACGUGUAAUUCUGACGGAGAGGUCCGCCACCAAGCACUUGCGUGA